AUGGCUGAAGCAAGGCUGCAGGAGGAGGUGGCUGGGGGAAGCAGCACCUCCCUUGGAGGUGCUUUGGCCUCUGACCUCUUUACCUGUCCCCACAAGGAGUGUGGUGCUGUGUUUGGCAAGGAGAGGAGGCUGCAGAAGCAUCUUGCUGUGCAUGUAGGGGAGACUGCUCCGCUGAGUGACCAGGAUGGCCGUGGCAAGGGAUUCCGCCGCAGAAGCUCCCUGAGGGUGCCCAAGCUGCAGCAGGGUGAUGCCAGGCUGAACAGCUGCUUGGAUGCAGACUGCAAAUCUGCCUUGGUGCCCAAGAACCAUCUGCCAAAGCACUGCAGGGCCCAGCAUGGUGCAGAGAAGUCCUUCCAGUGCAGCUACCAAGGCUGUGAAAGCACCUUCAGGAAAAAGAAGGCCCUCUGGGCCCAUUGGACCAAGCAUACCACAGUGCUGCCAUUUGUGUGCCAGGAGCCCGGCUGCACCAUGAAGUUUGCCAGCGCUGCCAAGAGGAAAGCUCACCAGAGGAAACAUGCUGGAUACAUGUGCCCCAAGCCGGACUGUGGGACUGUCUUGUCCACCUGGACGGAGCGUCAGAAACACUUGCGGCAGCAUCCUGUGGAGUACAAGUGCCAGCUGUGCCUGAAGAUCUUUAAGAAGCCGGGUGGCCUGCGGUGGCACAAGUCCUUCCACAGCCAGCAGAAGCAGGCACUGCUGAAGCCAGCAUGGGCAUGCCCCAAAGCUGACUGCCAGGCCUCUUUCACCACCAUCUUCAACCUGGAGAGCCACAUCCGGAAGGUGCACCUGCAGCUGCUGAAAUAUCGUUGCUACUUCACUGGCUGCGAGAAGGCCUUUGCCAUGCGCGAGAGUCUAAUCCGGCACCUGACAGUCCAUGACCCCACAAAGAAGAAACUGAAGCCCCAGCGCUGCCGGCCCAGCAGGAAGAAUCAGCAGCGCCUGGGCGCCCGGCGGCAGGUGCUGGUGGAGGAGAACCUGAGCCGACUCUUCAGCCAGAAGCUCUACGUGCGGCUCAAGCGCAGCCGGUCGGGCUUCACAGUGGGGGAGGAUGGCCCCGGGCACCUGGGCCACAUGCUGCUCCAGCGUGUCAAGGCCAAGCUGGAGAGUGACCUCUCAGGGCUCUUCAACGAGCGCCCCUGCCGCCAUGCUGUAGAGCCCGAGGUGAACCUCAGCACCUUCUUCCAGCUGCCCCCAGCCACUGGGCCACAGGAGGUGGCUUAGAGCCAAUGUUCUGUCUGGGGAGAUGCUGCCCAGCACUGAGCAGGGGGUCUGGAGCUCAAAGGUUGGGCCAUACGCAGCUUCCAGCUGGUAUUUGAUUUAACUCUUAAUCCCCUCCUGGGAUGGGUGGAGGGGGAAGCUCCCUGGGGCAGGAAGAAACUGGCCCAGCCAGCCAGGG